AUCAACGUAUACGCGUGUUUCGUCUCUAUGAACGAAACGAUCGAGGAGGAAGCAAAGGAGAAAGGAAGAUUCUGAAUUCUCCGAAUUUUCGAAAAUGUUGCUCCGUUCCCAAAAACUAUGGACGGUGCUUUUGAUUCUAGGGAUUUGGUCUCGAGUUUCACACUCGCUGCACUUCGAUCUGCAUUCAGGUCGCACAAAGUGUAUCGCCGAAGACAUCAAGAGCAAUUCCAUGACUGUUGGAAAGUACAGCAUCGAUAACCCUCACGAAGGCCAGAAUUUGCCUCCAUCUCACAAGAUCUCCGUCAAGGUAACGUCAAGCUCCGGGAACACAUACCAUCACGCGGAUCAAGUGGAUUCAGGGCAAUUCGCGUUUUCGGCAGUGGAAGCAGGGGAUUACAUGGCUUGCUUCUCUGCCGUCGAUCAUAAGCCUGAGGUUUCGCUGAGCAUUGAAUUUGAGUGGAGGACGGGUGUUCAAUCCAAAAGCUGGGCUACUGUUGCCAAGAAAAGCCAAAUCGAAGUUAUGGAGUUCGAGGUAAAGAGCCUUCUUGAUACCGUCAAUUUGAUUCAUGAAGAGAUGUUUUAUCUUAGAGAAAGGGAAGAAGAGAUGCAAGACCUGAACCGGUCAACAAACACUAAAAUGGCAUGGUUGAGUUUCCUCUCUUUAUUCGUCUGCAUAGGAGUUGCGGGCAUGCAGUUUUUGCACCUGAAGACGUUUUUCGAGAAGAAGAAGGUCAUCUAAGAUCCUAGGCAGUCACACGCGCACACACACACACACACACACUCUCUCUUUUCAAAACCCAAACAAACAAUUUCCUUUUCUUUGGGUGUUGUACUUGUACAUUAGAUCAAUGGCUUCAAGCAUGUUCUCUGAGACUUGGAUAUUUGAUUUAUGUGGCAGCAGUAUUGCCCUUUCUG